CCAGUCUAUUCAAAAUGGCUGUAUGUGACCUGCAGUGUGCAUCCAUGAGACAUCCAGGAAUCCACUAUCCAUACGGGACCAACAACAUCCAUCGAUCGAUCUAUCAUUAUCGUUGAGCAACCCUUCACUCGCCAGAUGGCUAUUUCCCAGGAAAUCGGAAGCAAUUGAGACUAGAAGCAACAUUUUUGGACGAUGAUGCGGGGGCCCCAUGCUGAGAGCAUGGUGUAGCAGGCUUUUGAACACACUGCAAUGGUGAUAGGCGACUGGAAACGUGUCGUUGAGAUCGGCCGUGUCGUCAUGGUUAACUAUGGCCCCGAUGCCGGCAAGCUCGCCGUCAUUGUCGAUAUCAUUGACCACAACCGCGCUCUCAUCGAGGGUCCCACCACCGGCAUCGCCCGCGGUGCUUAUGCCUUCCGUCGCUUGACCUUGACCCCCUUGGUCGUCAAGGUUCCCCGCAACGCUGGCCAGGUCGUCCUCAAGAAGGCCAUUGAGAAGCAGGAUCUCGCUGGUAACUGGGCCAAGACCUCCUGGGCCAAGAAGAUCGCUUCCCGUGCUCAGCGUUCCGCCAACACUGACUUUGACCGCUUCAAGCUCCAGAAGUACAAGGCUCUUCGCCGUGAGAUCGUCAACAAGGCUGUCAAGACCACCAAGGCCUAAGUGUCUUGAUGAGUUGUGAAAGUCUCUGUUGUCAACGAAAAAUAAUAAAGUCUGCGAUUGUACUAUCAA